CGAAGUCUAGAUGUAACACGGAAUUGAUACAUCCCAAUUCUCAGAGCUCAGAUCAGACCAUGACUCACAUGUAAAAUCGAGUUCAUCUCAGUGAUUCCAGUCCAUACAUAACGUGUGCCAUCCCCGAUCAAAAAUGUCGUCCCUCUACCCCUCCCUGGAAGAUAUGAAGGUGGAUCAAAUGAUGAAGGCUCAGGAGGGCUUGUUUCGUCCCGCCCCUUCAACUGCCCCCGCGACGGCCCCGACCGCCCCGACCACCUCCUCGUUGUCCAUGGCGGACAACGGUCUGCCUUACCCGGUGGAGAAUGCGAGUGCGCCCGUUUAUCCGGGCUUGUCCGAAUUCAUGGGCUUGGAACUCUCGUCGGAAAUGAUUCGAGCCAAUAUGCCGGAAUACCUGGCCGAAAAUCAAACGCCCAUUGCGUCGGAUGACGGUGCAUGGGUGGUAGCCAACACGCCCCAAACUCACGUUGCCCUCCCGCAAACAAAUCCUUCCAACACUGGAAAUCAUGGAACAAUGGUGGCACCUCUAUCUGCAUCGGCUCCAGCAUUUGCCGUAUCCCAACUCUCUCAUGGUGUCAGACAGGUGAUUCUAUGCAAGGAUGAGCAAGGCAAAGUUGGUCUGAAAGUGAAAUCCAUCAACAAGGGCGUGUUCGUGUGCCUAGUGGCCAAAAACAGCCCCGCUGCCAUGGGCGGUCUUCGAUUUGGCGACCAAGUCCUACAGAUCAAUGGAGACAACGUGGCCGGAUUCAACGAGAACAAAGUGCACGACAUCUUUAAGAAAGCACCUGUUAACAACAUUGUCCUGGCCGUCCGAGACAGACCUUUUGAGCGUACACUGACCCUCCAUAAGGAUUCCACCGGGCAUUUGGGCUUUCAAUUCAAGGAUGGGAAGAUCACGGCAAUCGCUGUCAACUCAUCUGCGGCCAGGAACGGCCUUCUGAUUGACCACAAUCUUUUGGAGGUGAAUGGCCAGAACGUGGUGGGCGUGAAAGACAAGGAGACUACAAAGCUUAUUGAUGAAGGAGGUCAAAUUGUGACCAUCACUGUGAUACCAAAUUUCCUUUACCAGCACAUGGUUAAAAACAUGGCCAAUUCCUUGGUGAAAAAAAUGAUGGAUCACUCAAUGCCCGACAUUUAAACGACCCUCAACAUUGUCAAACUGAAUUGAAAAGAGUGCCAUCUAAAACAACCAAUGUGUGGCAUGAUGUUGAUGUAUUAUUACGUUUCUCAUUCUAAUGGUCACACUGCACUACAAAUUUGACGGACUUGGCCUUUUGUCACAAAGAAGAUACGAAUUUUUCAAUCAAAGUUACAUUAUUGCUUUGUGUUUCAUAGCAUAAAAUAUAUUAAUCAAAUAGUGUAAA